AGCACCGGUAGCUGCAUCUCGUGAUCGUGUGAUGUACUAGAGUUAUAUGUGCGGACGGAAGAAUCAGUGGAAACUCGUCUGAGUUCACACUGCUGUCCGCAUACAUGUGCUCAUUUCACUGAGAAUGGCUGAUUUCACCUCCUCCAUCAUUUCAAUCAUGCAUUGCCCUUCUCACUGAGCACCUACUAAUGUUGGUGGCACACGGUUACAGUAGCCGUAAUGGAAACGAGUUGUUGUUAGCUGUCAGGUUUGUGGUGUAUCGUCUUGGCUAUACUAGUAGUAAUGAUGAAUCUUGAGACAGCUGCUAAACAUGGCCUCCCAGCCCCGCUAAGCACUCCAAGGAGUAGUCCAGUCAAGCAAUUGGCUACUGUAGUCCCCAAUCGUGAAUGGUUCCCGCUGCACCCAGCCAAGUUCCUGCAGCUAAUGAAAUCACUGGCUAUGGUGUAUUUGAUGGCUUACCUCAUCACACAGCGACAUCAGUGGCAGACCAUGAUCAGGGACAAGAGCAAGUGCGACAGAAUACUUGAUGGGUACACAGUUGGCAGAGGGGAAGAAGGACCGCCUGAGCAUGACUUGGACUGCACACCCAGGCAUUUUGACAGCCAAAUAGCUAGAACUUGUUUUCUCAAUUCUAAAAUUCUCUUCAUCGGUGAUUCUCGGAUUCGGGCACUGGCGGAUAAGUUUGUGCUACACUCCAUUAACCUGGAUUCAAAACGAGAGAUUUGGAAGAGUGCUGUUAAACCCAAAGUACACCCGAAUCACACGAACAAGACAAUAACUAUGAAGGACCCUCCAAUACAUGUGGACUUUAUUUGGGGCCCAUUUGUUGGCGAGUCAUGGUUGCUCUUCUUAAGAUAUUUGCAAUCGAAUCCAUUGGACAGUGUGGACUUGAUUGUGGCCGGGGCAGCAUUGUGGUCAAUACUAGAGGACCCAUCAUUGGACGGACUGGACAAGUACAAGGCCGACACGGAAUCUGUACUUCGCCUGCUGUCAUCAAUGGUGCGCGAAUCAGAUACCAACUUGGUGUGGGUACAGCAAGCAUUUGUCAAUGAAUCGUUGCUCUGGCCAAGCAGGAAGAACAUCACCAACGCACGUAUCCAAAUGCUCAAUGAUGCUGUCGAUAGUAUUUGGCGGCGCUUCAGAACCCCCGGCAUGUUUAUGUUCAGUCCCGGUCAUGCACCACUGCUCACCGACGGUGCGCAUUACACUGAUGAUGCUAAUGACAAGACCGUCCAAACCAUCCUGAAUAUCCACUGCAACUCACGACUACCGGUAACUGACAGGAAGACCUGUUGCCAAGGGUUACUUCACUCAAUCACUGCUCCACAGGUUGUGCUACUGGUUAUAUUUGUAUGCAGUACUGUCAUAUCGUUCUGGGGACUCUGGUACAGGAGCCGACGCUCAUGUCCUUUACUUGGGUCAUUGUGUCAGAGUUCUAUCGCAGGUCAACAGCACGUUGCGUCACCUGUUGUGAUGAUCUGUCACUGCAUCACAUUGCUUGGAAUAGUGCUUCUCUAUACCUACUUAGCUGACAGGACACCAGUAUUCACGAAAGAGGAGAAACAUUUCAACUGGACAUCAUUUGCUGUUCCAUUGGCAAUUUUAGGAAUUCUUGGCUUUGUGACGUACCAACCAGUCAAAGAUGCUUCUGUUCUAAACCGUCAGCAAACCUGUGAAACACGAGGAUGGAUGCAGCUAGUAUUGCUGGUGUAUCAUUACACAGGUGGUAGCAAGGUUCUUGGUCUGUACUAUGUAGUUCGACUGAUUGUAGCAAUGUACAUCUUCCUAAGCGCCUAUGGACAUUACACGUAUGGUUUGAAGCGUGGAGCAAGCAGUUGGUCUCGUGUAGCUGAGGUCCUGUUCCGUCUAAAUCUCUACACCGUUCUACUGUGCUUGACUAUGGAUGUACCGUAUCUUCACUACUAUUUUGUACCACUGAUCUCAGCAUGUUAUUUACUAGUACUACUGGUUGCUGCCAUACCUCCAGUUGCAUGGGAUCAGAACAAAUCACCAUGGAUGCAGGUGCUCAAGGCAAUCUGUUUCACUAUCGUCUUCGCCUUAUACCGGAUACAACCCGAUAUGUUGAACUGGAUAAUAUCCUUCCCUCCGCUCUCCCAACUCUUCCUGGAUGAUGACAACUCCCUACACGAGUGGACAUUUCGUUUUGGACUAGACAUCCUGGCUGUGCCAUUGGGUAUCCUCUGUGCCGUAAUGCUACAUCGAUUCCCACAAAUCAAUGGGUGGAUAUGUUCAAGGAGUGUUGGUAGAAACUUGAUGACCACACUUUCAGCCUUGACAUUGGCAGUGUACUGUGGAAUGAUGGCAACAAACUGUACUAGUAAACCAGAGUGUAAUCUUCUACAUACCUACCUAUCACCAAUCAUGCUCAUAGGAUUUGUUCUGGUGCGUAACAAGUGGGAACCACUACGCAAGCAUUACAGUCAGUUCUUUGACUGGGUGGGAAUCUACUCUUUGGAGCUUUUCAUCGCCCAGUAUCAUGUCCUGCUGGCUAAUGAUACACGUAGUCUACUUGUCCUGGUUGAGGGUAAUCCAAUUCUCAACAUCUGCAUCGUCACAACCAUCUUUGUACUGGUAUCACACACUGUGGCUGAGUGUACACAAAUGUUAGUGAGCGUCAUGAAUGGCGUCACAGCUCAGGAGAAUGAAUAGCUGCGAAUACUACUUUACCGGUUUGAGGGACAUAUAUACUACUUAAAUACAUAAUUAUUUAUUUUACCACGCGAUCUGAUUCAACCAUGAAUGCAGUUGGUAUUGAGUCUUCAAAUCCAUUCUGCUUGCUUGAUUACAAUAAGAAAGGAUUUUCAAAUUUAGAAAAAUGCAGCGGCGAGACCGUGUGUGAGUGUUCGGAUUGCGAAAAGUUAUGGGAAGUGGCUGCAAUGGGGUUUGCGAAUCCUUCAAUA